UACCUUGUUUGUAAAAGUAACAAGUUCAUUGAUCACGGUAACAGUACGUACAACGUUUCAAGUACUACGAUCUGGAAUGAAUUAUAUGAUUUUUUGAGUUAUAUUUCACGUGAAUACCAACAUAUCCCAUAACAUGGGCAGGUAAUCGAAUAUCGGGAAGAUACCAAAAGAUUGCCGGAACGUUUGAGAGUUGAAAAAUCUGGAGAUCCACGAAGUUGGUCGGAAUAAAGCUGGAAGAUUCACUCCUGCAGAUAAUGUUCUCCUCUCAUAUUCGAAUUCUAUGGCUAGUAAUUUUUUUAGGAAAAAAUGAAGUUGCAUCCGAUUAUAGCUGUUUGAAACCGCAACUGGAACUAAUGGUGACACCACCAGACGCUAAUCUAGGUAAUAACAUACGAGUUUAUUGGAACUUCAACAAAACGUAUGAUGGAUGUUGGAUUGGAAUCUAUUCAGACGAACCUAAGAAGAAAUCAGAUGAGUUUCUCUUGGCCAACAGAAUCAAUGUAACCGAGCUAACCGGCUAUGUUAAUACUGGUUUCUAUGAAGUCAGUGAUGUGACCACAAUGACGUACGAUCAGCCAACCUAUCUUGGAUACACUGCUGUUGCAUGGACUGUCGAACAUGGCACAGACAAGGCUAUUGUAGUCACCAAACUACAAACCUAUCCUCAAUGGAUGAAGCAUUAUUGGAAAUUCAUAAAAGAUGUGCCAAUUGCUGAUCUAUUCAUACCUGGAACUCAUGAUACUGGCAGUUACAGAGGAGAUAAUCCUGAUCAAGAAGCACAUUCUUCCGACGCUAAAUGGUGGAGCUUUUUAAAGAAAAUUCCUCUUCUAGACAAUUGGUCUCUUACACAGAAUCGAACUAUUAAGGGGCAAUUAGUCUCUGGUAUACGAUACCUUGAUAUGCGAGUGGGACGAGAUCAUGACACUUACUGGGUUUGUCAUAAAACAGUAAUUAUGCAUACACUUGAUCGAGUUACCAAGCAAUUGAUUGAAUUCAUAUCGAAUACAGAGAAAGAAAUUGUUUUCUUCGAUAUUCACAUGAUUUUGAAAGGAAUAGAAUCAGAUGAAGAACAGGACGCAUUUGUGAACUACUUGAAGCAAUCAUUCACUGUCAAUAACACACAACUGUUCGUACCACCGAGCAAAGUGAGCCAACUCUGGAAAGCAACGCCUGAGAUGAUAUUAGCACAGGGAAGGAUCAUUAUUUCUUAUAAUUAUCCUGAUUAUCAAAAGAAGAAUACACUGGAUAUAUUAUGGCCUCCAAUUUUUCAGUAUUUUGGGAAUAAACAGCAAGUAGAACCUUUGAAGGACUACGUAUAUAGUACUAUUGGAACACGAAAAGCACGUAAUGAUUCUUUAAUGUCUUUGACGUCUGUGAUGGCCGAGUUGACUGCUAAUAAGAAGAGAGUAUUGAAGGACACAAAAAACGACUUGAGUGCUCAAAGUGAACAGAACUCUUUUGAGAUACAUAGCUGGUUCUUGGAUCCAGAGGUCGCUCUGCAAACAAACGUUUUGGCCGUCGACUUCUUCGAGACCUUUGGAGUGGUUCGUCUGGGUUUUAUUUGGAAUGAACGGAAGUACUACAAGAGCACAUGUGAUUCUCAAGAGACUAUAUCUGACGAUUAUUAUCAGAAAACUCUGAUCCCUUGAUCAAAUAAGCGAUUCAUUAAUUAAUACUUGAAUAAAUGCUACAUUUACGUACUACA